AUGGCUGUUAGUACAAAAGAUGAUCCAUCCCUACAAUCGAUAACGUUUCGUUUUUGGUUUUUCACAGUGCUCGGUGCAGCAAUAUCCCAGUUCUACUACUUUCGUUCAAAUGGUGGUGGAUACUCUGUAUUCUUUGUAUUGUUAGUAUCUCAUGUUCUUGGUAAAUGGAUGUCUAAUGUUUUGCCAACAAAACAAAUUCAAAUUUAUAAUUGGAAAUUUUCAUUAAAUCCUGGUCCAUUCAAUAUAAAAGAGCAUGUUUGCAUAGCAGUAGCUGCUGCCGCAGGUGGUGGCACGGCAUAUGCAACAGAUAUUAUUGCUAUACGGCAAUUAUUUUAUGGGGACAGUGCUAAUUUUUUACUUGGAAUUUUAUUAUUAUUGAGUACUCAGAUGAUUGGAUAUGGAUUAGCAGGAUUUUUGAGAAAAUAUCUUGUUCGUCCAGCUAAUAUGUUGUGGCCUUCAAAUUUAGUAUUCGCCAGUCUAUUCACAACAUUACACGGAAACGUUAAUGACACAAGAGAUAAAUUAAACUUAAAAGCAAAACUAGCAAAACGAUAUGUCACAUCUUCAGGAAUCGUUCUGGCACAAAGAGUAUCAAACCGGCGCAACAAUGCAACAUUGGAAAAUCGCGUUCAAAUGUUGGAAACAAUGUUGCAGGAUUACUAUCUUGACAAUUAUCAAUUCGAGGCAAGUUUUUUAAUGAUG